ACGACGCAACUUGUCAGCCGGCAACUUCGCUCCUAUUGGAUGAUUCCAUCGCGCCGAAUUGAACAGUUCCAAAUCGGACAAACGACUGCGAAGAAUCGUUAAAUUAAGACACUAGUGAAAAACAAGGACAUAAAUGCUUAGUAAUAAGCUAGUUAUGAUUUAUGGAAAAUAACGGGAAACAAACUAAUGUUUUAGUUCUCGAAAAUUCGUUGGAAUAAUGUCGAUAAGACACUGCGCAUCAUUCAGGGACGUGUGAAAUCAUAUUGGGUGUCCUAAGGAUUUCACAUGAUCUAGAAUCAUAGACUCUUAGAACGUCGAUUGACAUCGAUUUUGUGGACGGUAAAGCUAACCACGGCCCUGUUUCUUGCUGUCUGCUGGGACGCUUAAACAAAAUGGCGGCAUGUAAUGAAGUGCCGGUUGAAAUCAGCAAAGGCGGUACAUUGACGAACGAGGACAGGACAUCAAAAAUGGAAACCAUGGAAGUAGCUGAACCUGUGGCACUGCCAACUAAAGAGGCACCAUCAACCAAUCACAAGGAAUCAGUCUCAGUCGAUGAAAUGACAUCACGGGACUACUAUUUUGACUCUUAUGCUCACUAUGGUAUCCACGAGGAAAUGCUGAAGGAUGAAGUCCGCACUGUGACCUAUCGGAACUCAAUGUAUCACAACAAACAUCUCUUCAAAGGAAAGACUGUUCUGGACAUUGGCUGUGGUACAGGAAUAUUGUCAAUGUUCGCUGCAAAAGCCGGAGCUGCUAGAGUUAUUGGAAUUGAAUGUUCCAACAUCGUGGAGUAUGCAGAAAAGAUUGUGGAAGCCAAUCAGUUAUCAAACAUCAUAACUAUUCUAAAGGGAAAAGUGGAGGAAGUAACGUUGCCUGAUGGCAUAGAGAAGGUAGACAUCAUUAUAUCCGAGUGGAUGGGCUACUGUCUUUUUUAUGAGUCUAUGUUGGACACAGUCCUCUUUGCCAGGGAUAAGUGGCUGCGUGAAGAUGGGAUGUUAUUCCCAGAUAAAGCAACGCUUUUUAUUUGUGGGAUAGAAGAUAGACAAUACAAGGACGAGAAAAUUAACUGGUGGGACGACGUAUACGGUUUUGAUAUGAGCAGCAUACGAAAAGUAGCGAUCAGCGAACCUCUUGUGGACGUUGUAGAUCCAAAGCAAGUCGUGACAAAUGCUUGUCUCAUAAAGGAAGUCGAUCUUUACACCGUGACAAAAGCCGAUUUGGAAUUUUCUUCGCCGUUCAGUCUCCAAGUGCGCAGAAACGAUUAUGUCCAAGCCCUGGUCACAUUCUUCAACAUAGAAUUCACCAAGUGCCACAAACGUAUCGGCUUCAGUACAGCACCAGAGGUGCAGUACACUCACUGGAAACAAACUGUUUUCUAUUUCGACGAGUACAUGACUGUUAAAAAAGGCGAAGAAAUAUUUGGUGUGUUUUCGAUGAAGCCUAAUGCAAGGAACUACCGGGAUCUGGACUUCAGUAUCGAAUUGAACUUCAAAGGAGAGUUGUGCCAAGUUCACGAAACUAAUACUUAUCGUAUGCGCUGAUACCGGUCGGACAUCCCGUCAAUGUCCUCUUCCACGUAUUCUCCUAACUCGUAAUACUUUCUUUUGAAAUGCGAGAUCAAAACAUUAUCAAUACUGACAAAUCGAACUUGGCAGAGUCUCUCAUUUUUUAAACGUGCUGUGCAAGAAAUGGUAUACGAAGCGCUAAUUUAUUACCUGACUUCUCGCUGUUAUCAAUUCUUUUCAAUUUUAAUCUCGAUCAUUAUUCCCUUUUUCUUUUUAAAUGCGUCUUAAAACCAAUUUCUUACUCACUAUUUUCAAUAAAACAUACGAAAUCAGCUUACUAUUGCGAUUAAUUGAAAAGCUAUUUGCUUCUUUUAACUUUUCUUUUUUUUUUUCUUCAAUGUUAUCCCGAAAAGGCACUUAGUUCUCGUUAUUGCUAGGUUUAUGUCAUUGGUAGCAAAUUUAUCUCGCUUUCAGGAAUUCGGAAUAAUAUGUAAUAUUAUAUUUUGCAAUGAAGUAAAAUCGUGCAUUGUCUAAUACCAUUUCGUUGCAUCGUAUCAUUAGACUGAAUGUAAGCCGUUAGAGCGAUGUAAAGAUUUGAAGAAUCGCAUUGAAGAGAGUGAAGACGCGUUGUAUACACGUGGACAUGUCCCUAGCGAGCGCGCCAAUUACAUUUGAUACAAAAAUCCAGUCCCACCAAGCAACAGCAUUGUAACAGGACUAAUUAAGAUUUUUUUUUGCAAAGAUAACGAUUCUUCGUUCUUGUAUUGUACGAACAAUAUCUUUGUCUUCUUCAAACAACACACUAAAGAGAAGUCUGUGACUUCCAAAAACUGCGUUUGAAAGAUUUGAAUUUUUCAACGAACUGGUCGAAUUAGGAAUAAUUUGUAUACUCGUACUGUUACUGGUAACGCGUUUAUAUUGCGACGAAGGCUAAUCUUGAAGUUUACAUCAAGAAAAAAAGGGAAGCAAAGAAAAUAAUGAUCUGAUUACCAAUAAAAUCUUACACAUUUAUUGUCGCUAUUUCGUUCUUAAUUGGAAAAAAAUGUAUUUUAUCUGUCAUCGCAUUCCUCGUGAUUUUUUUUUCUUUGCAUUCUUAAGAUCAAAAUUCUGAAAACGAAGUAAAAUAAUAUCUCUGGUGUAGAAAGACCUGAUUAUUAACCCAGUGCAUACAUGCCCCGUGCCACGUAAGUGUGUUCAGGAUAAUAUACAUAUGUAUUUUAACGGCCUCCAGCGAUGUUAACCAAACGAUAUUACAACAUAUUAACUUUUUAAAAUGAAUUUGCGACGACGAUAGUUUUCCACAUGGACGACCAAAGAAAACUAAAUAACAACAGUGAACAAUGUUUUACACGCGAGAACUUUAUACUUAAAGUACAGUUUGUAUAUACGGUGAUAUGGGGUGUAUCAGACAGCUAGGCUAAUUCAUCUGUUGAAUUUCUCAUUAAAUUGACCAAGCACGUCUGACUGAUAUACUGUAUAUCUUCUUCUUCUCUCAUCCUGUACGAUUGGUUAGUAUUGUUUAUUUGAAACGAUAACAAAAGAAAGAUCAAUUUACGUUCAUGCGUAGAGACCUAAGAGAGUAAAGAGCGACCAUCACAUUAUAUUCCAAUAAAAUUAAUACGUUUGCUAUGAAAGUGCAUAUUUUAUUGAGGUACUUAGAUGAAAAUAAUUAUUGGCGCUUGUAUUCUAUACGAUAUACAGGGUACACGAGGGCAACCAAAGUACUAAGUAUAACGUAGGAAAAAUGUUUUCCAGUUUGAAAAGAGGUACAUUCUCUACUUAACUUGUUAGUCGAGAAUUGGGUUAGGCGUGGUGUCAUGAGCGAAGAAUAAAAUUUUCAAAGAAA